AUGGAUAUAAACAUCUCAACUCUGGAUAUUGACAUCAUAGAACUGAACGGAAGCAACUACACUAAUACUGAGAUAUGUUUUGUCAAGAUCCAAGUCAUGAGUUUACUUUCCCUCAUCAUUUGCCCUGUUGGGAUGGUGCUAAAUGCCAUAGUGCUGUGGUUCCUGGGCUUCCAGAUGACCAGGAAUGCCUUCUCUGUCUAUAUCCUCAACCUGGCUGGGGCUGACUUUUUCUUCCUGUACUCUCAGUUUUUAUUUUACAUUCUUGCUAUCAUUUCCUACAAGUACUCCAUUUCUUUCCGGAUCCCUUUCCUUUUUGAAGUGUUGGCAAAAGUUGCUUAUCUUUCUGGCCUGAGCAUUCUUAGCACCAUCAGCAUUGAACGCUGCCUGUGUAUCAUGUGGCCCAUCUGGUAUCGCUGCCAACGACCAAGACACACAUCAUCGGUCACCUGUUUCUUGCUUUGGACUUUGUCCUUGUUGUUUGCUCUUCUGGAGGGGGCAGAAUGUGGCUUGCUGUUUAACAGUUUUGACCAGUCUCGGUGUUUGAGAUUUGAUUUAAUCUUUUGCGCAUGGUCAAUUGUUUUAUUUGUGGUUCUCUGUGGGUCCAGCCUCAUCCUACUUAUCAGGAUCUUCUGUGGCUCCCAGCGGAUACCUGUGACCAGACUGUAUGUGACCAUUGUACUCACAGUGCUAUUCUUCCUGAUCUGCUGUCUUCCCUUUGGAAUCUCCUGGCUCAUCCAAUGGAGUAGAACUUUGGAAUAUGUUGGGGUUUGUGAUUAUUUUCACGAGGGACUAUUUUUAUCCUCGAUUAACAGCUGCGCCAACCCUAUCGUUUACUUCCUGGUUGGCUUUAUUCGUCAGCGCAAGUUCCAACAGAAGACUCUGAAGCUGCUUCUUCAGAGAGCAAUGGAAGAAGAGUGUGAAGACAGGGGUCCUUCCUGAAAUCCAGAAGAACUGGGAACAGCCUAGCAUGGCAUCUGCGAGCUGCUUUGAUCAGACAGAAACGGAGUUUUAGAGAAAAAUGUUUUUCUCUGUGAGCCAUUUUCACAAUUUUAUUCAGCUUGUUACCUGAUCUUCAGUCAGUUAAAAAAAUAAUCACUUUUUUUGUGAAAGUUGAUAGAUAUAAGACUUGUCAUACAAAUACUGACUGCAGUAUUUUUUGGAGCUGUGUUGCUCAGGCUUCAUCAACUCCUCUUGAUGGGACUCCAUGUAAGUGUUCUGGGGUUGAGGAGAUCUGUUGAUUACUAUGAACAAAUCCCACAUUCACCUAAAGGCUAAAGGUCCUGCAGAGAAGAGCUGCAUUUCUUUAGUUACUGAAAUUUAUAGUGUAAAACAAAUAAUAGAUUCUGUAAAAAUUCUCUGUCCAUUUGGAAUGACUCCAUUGUUGUAUUUUUUUUGUUUCAAGAGUUAAAUAGAUGUACUCUAUAAUCCUAAUGUUUAUUAAUUUCUCCAGAUUAUAAAGAAUAUAUAGAGUGAUGGUCUUCCUUAUAUAAAUUGCUUGGUAAACAAAUAUAUGCUCUUAAGAGAAGUCUAUUAAAUCUCUAUUACCACAGUAGUACCCUCACCUUCAAGUUCAUUGUGUCUUUCAUUUUUGGCAUUGGAAGAGUGCAGUAAGGUUUUGUAAUGAGAUCUGUCAACAUCUAUGCACAUAUGAAGAUGUUCUCUGUGGCUUGCUUUACAAUAUCCUGCUUAUUGGCCUAUGGUCCAGCCUUUUUUCUUUCUUCUUGCAUUGCCUUGAUUGCCUUUCUCUCUGUCAAUUACUCAUGAUAAAUUAUAUAUAUAUAUGUAUAUGUGUAUGUAUGUAUAUAUAUAUGAUAUUUUCUUUAUUUACAUUUCAAAUGUUAUCCCCUUUCCCAGUUUCCCCUCCAGAAAAUCGCCAUCCCAUCACUCUACCCCCUGCCUCCAUGAGGGUGUUCCUCCACUCACCCUCCUACUCACUCCCUCCCACCUACCCUCCCUGGCAUUCGCCCUACAUGGGCAUAGAGCCUUCACAGGACCAAGGGCCUCUCCUCCCAUUGAUACCCAA